AAUAAUAUCAUAUACCUAUUUCCGAGAUUUUUCGUUUUUUAUUUUUUAUGUUACGUCUUAACUUUUGUAAUUCUUAGACCCAUAAUGGAUUCUGACGCGUCAAAUGAAGGCAGCAUCGUUUUUAGACGUAAAAACGUUACUUUAAAGAGGAGGAGGGAAUUAAUUCUAUCGUCGGAUUCAGAAGCAGAAGAAUUAAAGGGAAAAGAAAACAAUUCUACAGUAAAUACGUGGUCGCGUGUAAACUUGGAUCCACACAUAUACACGUUUGUUGAUAAAGACUGUGGAAUUAAAGCAGGAAAUAUUAAUGAUUCAUUCAAUAUUUUGGAUUAUUUCAAAAUAUUUUUUUCCGACAAUUUAAUGACAGAUAUUGUUAAUGCGACAAACAAUUACUAUCGAUAUACAGUUGCACAUAGCGACAUAUCUCCUUCAUUACAAAAUUGGUCCGAUGCAACAAUAAAUGAAUUGUAUACUUUCCUUGCAUUAACGCUCAUAAUGUCUCGUAUGAAAAAAUUAUCUAUUAAAGAAUAUUGGAGUACUAAUGAAGUGCUUAGAACGGAUAUAUUCAAUAAACAUAUGUCACGAGAUAGAUAUUUAGUGUUGCUAAAGAUGCUUUGCUUCGGCGAUAAAGAAUCUGAAAGUUCGGAAGACCGACUGACAAAAAUUCGUCAACCUUUUGAUAAGCUGCGCGAAACGUUCCAAAAAUCAUUUUGUCCGUUCAGGAAUUUAUGUAUUGAUGAGAGUCUCUUCCUUUUUAAAGGACGAUUAUUUUUCAAACAAUAUAUACCAUCCAAGAGAAAUAGGUUUGAAAUAAAAUUAUUUGUGCUGUGCGAUUGUUCAACAGGAUUCGUUUUGGAUGUAAUUGUUUAUACCGGCUUAACUUCCGAAGUGCAAACAUUUUCUGAAAAAUUAGGUAAAACUGGCAAUAUUGUGGCAACAUUGAUGCAACCUUAUUUAGGAAAGGGUCAUCAAUUAUUCGUUGAUAAUUGGUAUUCAAGUCCUGCACUAUUCCAAUAUUUGCACAGCUUUGCAACAAACGCAUGUGGGACAGUAAAAAAGCAAUGUAAAGGUAUGCCAAAAAUGUCAGAAAAAUUAGAAAAAGGAGAUCUUAGUUUUAGAUCAUCGGGAAAUUUGCUCGCACUGAAAUGGCAAGACAAACGUGAAGUUUGGAUGUUGUCCACUAGUCAUUCAGCUGAAUAUAAAGAUUGUGAAAAGAAAAAUUAUCAAACGGGUGAAAAUAUUCAGAAGCCUUCAUGUAUUAUAGACUAUAGCAAAUCGAUGAAUAUAGUUGAUAGAAGUGACGCAAUUAUAAAUACGGUUUCAUCCAUAAGAAAAACGCUGAAAUGGUACAAGAAAUUCUUUUUCCAUUUAUUAGACAUUUCAAUAUGGAAUGCAUAUUGUUUAUAUAAAUUUAACACAAAAAGAACUAUAUCAAUGUCCGAAUUUCAUUUGACAUUAAUAACAAAACUUCUAAACCAGUACUCUGAAUCGAGGCAAUACAACCCUUGUACUUCAUCAGAAAACCUCAUGCGUUUUAAAGAAAGACAUUUUCCAGCACCGUACAAUAGUAAUAAAACAAAAAGGGAAAAUCCAUUGAGAAGAUGUAUUGUAUGCUCAAAAAAUAAUAAAAGGUGUAGUACUAGAUACUAUUGUAAACAAUGUAACGUUGGCCUAUGUGUAGCCCCAUGCUUCGAAAUUUAUCAUACCAAGGAAUAACAUUUAUCGUAAUAUUCAAAAACUUGCCUUAUUUCUUUAUGAUAUGAAUGAAAUAAAACAAUAAUGUUGAAUUGAAUUUUCUAAUUUUUCAUUCAUCUAAAUAAAAUUGUGAACAUUUAAAAAUUCCGUAAUAAAAACAUAUGCUAUGCUGAUUUACAUUACAAGUAAAGCUGCCUGUAAUGUAAAACAAGCUUUCAGUGCUUCAAAGCUUUCCUCAUCAGAGUUCUGCAAAAGAGCAAAACGGAUUCGUCACAAAUGUACAGCACAAAAUAUCGUGCGGACUAUGAGUGCCGGCUGUGGACAAGGUUUCGAGGCCGGUGUGCGCCGUACCGAAGUGGUUUUAAAGUAAUGGGUACGACUUAAAAUGCGACGCAUUAAACGUUCUGCGACUUUACAGCUCGGUUAUACGUUGUAUAUUGCUAUUGUGUCAUCAUUCCAUGACUACAUAUUUGCAUUCAAAAUUUU